CCCCUGCACCCAGAGCCCUGAUGAACCCAGAACUGCUUCAGACACUGUGUAAUAGCACAGCAUGGCCAAGUUGCACCUGCUAAUGCACAAAUGAUGUGUCGCAUCCUUCAGCACUUGAGAAGAAAAGCCAAAUUUGCAUCGUCAGGGAAUGGUUUAGUAAUUCUGCCAAUUAAAACCUGUUUAUUUACUAUGGCUACUUUUAUUAUGUUGUUACUAGUGGUAUGUUGAUGAUGAACACUGGCUAUGCAGUAAAAUCAAGACUGUAGAUAUUGCAACAGACAAUAAAAUUCCUCUGUUGCUUAGCUAACGUGGUACUUCCCACAUUGUAUAAGAAAUUUGGCAAGUUUAGAGUGAUGUUUUAAGUGUUGGGAAAUUUCUAUAUACUCAAGAGGGUGUUUCUGACAACUGUAGAACAGAGAAAUCAAAAGGGGGUGGGAGGAAUUUAAAAGAAGAGACAGGUGCAAGAGAGCCUGCAGUCCCACUGUGUGUACGACACUGGCAACAUGAGGUCUUUGCUAAUCUUGGUGCUUUGCUUCCUGCCCCUGGCUGCUCUGGGGAAAGUCUAUGGACGAUGUGAGCUGGCAGCAGCUAUGAAGCGUCUGGGACUUGAUAACUAUCGGGGAUACAGCCUGGGAAACUGGGUGUGUGCCGCAAAAUUCGAGAGUAACUUCAACACACAUGCUACAAACCAUAACACGGAUGGGAGUACCGACUACGGAAUCCUACAGAUCAACAGCCGCUGGUGGUGCAAUGACGGCAGGACCCCAGGCUCCAGGAACCUGUGCAAUAUCCCAUGCUCAGCACUGCUGAGCUCGGACAUAACGGCGAGCGUGAACUGCGCGAAAAAGAUCGUCAGCGAUGGAAACGGCAUGAACGCGUGGGUCGCCUGGCGCAACCGCUGCAAGGGCACCGACGUCCACGCGUGGAUCAGAGGCUGCCGCCUGUGAGGAGCCGCCGCGCCCAGCCCGCCCGCCGCACGGCCGACCGCUUUGCUAGCGCGACGAUCCCCGCUUGGCAGUUUUAAACGCGUUCCUCAUUAAAGCCACCAUCCGC